AAAUAACUCAAUUUCCUGUCGGUUAACAUUAGACACUUUGUGGAUAAUCAGCUCGAAGAACAAAGAAUGGUAAAAGACUAACUGUCAAACAGAAGGCCUUGUCCGUAGAAGUUUAGCGCUACAAAGGGAAGGAAUAUCGUGAAAGCUGACGGGGCGAGUGCGAGCUAGACAAAUUUGAUUUAUAAAGCGGAGGAAGUUAACUGCAUAUCCCCACGUGCAGUAUAACGCAAACCAUCUGAAUACGCGAUACCGAAACUGCAGCAAAGAGAAUGGCGGAGCAAUGGCACUUUAGAAGUCAACUCAAACUGCGUCUUUGACUAGCGUGGAAAUAAGUUGUCAACAUGGUGGUGUUAAAACCCAAGAGUAGCAGCUUCAAUUCCUUGUGGUCUAUCGUAUACUGUGUAAUAGCUGUGGGAGUUCAAUGUUUUAUUUCCUACAGAAACAUUUCCGAUUACCAGGAAUCUCUCAGAAACCAGUGGAAUCGUGACACUCCGUCAGGGGUCGGGGUAAAACUGGGACUCACUAUUGUCUCCUUCAUUGUUCUUCCAUUUUUCAUUUUAUCCUCCGUGUUUAGGGCAGGUAACUUUGGAAAUGAUGGGUUUAAACUCGGGCGGGAUCAUGCCAUCUGCCCUGCUUCGGUGGGUAUUUUGGAACAUAUAGGGUCCGAUAUUGGGCGUCGUCUUUGGAAAUAUGCCCCACCCUUCUCCCCCACCCUACACGUUUUAUCAGCAUUUUGUCUUCUGUUCCCUGACGUUUUGAUAUCAGCAAAGGAAAUCCAGCUCUAUAUUCAAUCAACAGAGACAAUAUGGAGGACAGAUAUUGACUUCCUGUAUUCAGACGUCAGAUCAUUAAACAGUGAUUUCCUAGCAAAAAAUAUUAGCGCUGUGGGAUUGACCAACUUCACGGGUUAUUCUCCAGUAAUUGCUUACAUCACUCCGAAUUUCCUCAAUUUUGUGUUCGCGUUUGUGGCGUUCGCAAUUCGCUAUUCUGCAGUUUUCUGGUAUACAAAUAAAACUCUCUCCUUUAUUUUCGCCACUGAACUUCUUUUCAUGACCUUUGACUCAAUUUUUAUGUAUUCGGGAUUUUCUAUUUUGUACAAAUUAAGUUCAUCAUUAAACCGAUACGAACACCCUCUUGACCUUAUUUUGAAUUCAAAUGGCAUUCUGGGAUUGUACAUUGUGAGUGGUUUCGUUGUGUUUUUCUCUUCGUAUGUUGUGUUUGAAUACAGUGCUUAUCAUUUCAUGGAAAAGUUCAGAAAAGUGGAUAGAAAACAUAAUCCAGAUAAUUACAAAAAUGAAUCUGUCAUUUCAAAAGGAACUUGUAAUGGAUAUUUUUCACAUUCGAGUGCUGUUGUGAUUUUUAUUUUACUGGCGGUCUUCCGCGGUCCUAUUUAUUACGACGUUAUAGCAGUUUACCGUCUGACGUCAGACGGGUGCCUUUUGGCGUGCCUAGUGGUGGGUGUCUGUUACUUAGUUACGUGGAUUUUCUUGUGGACUUUGUUAACUAUCAAGCAGGAAUGGAUGUUCCGAAUUCUUGAUUACGCCAAUGUUGGUCAGCCAAUAUUUGUGAUUAAAAGCGAUCGACUUUCAAAAACGAACUCAAUCUCGAUAGGCUCUGUCGAACUGAAAGACAUGAGUCUAGACAGAAGACGAGGACCCGGGUCCGUACCGAGUAUUGAUAUAACGCCAAGUGAAAGUGGAUUUGAUGAAUGUGAAAUGGGACUAUCGUCGGAGGAUGAUCGCUAUGGAACAGCAUUGUCUCCAGUGCAUGAAGACAGUAUUGAAAAUGUCUUCCCUAAUGACGUCAUAGUGCGGAGAAAUCGACACAGACGAAGUGGACCGCGAUGUGUCACAUUCCACGACCCAGUGCGUCAUUCCCUUGGAAGUCUGUGUGAAAAAGACCCUGAGCGGAGUCGUUCACCAGUUCAGGGCGAUAACAAAGUUAAUGUGGUAGCUGAUGUUCACAGACUCGGGCCUCGGUCUCAGUAUCAGAGACGAAGCUCGGAUCCGGAAAUGAAACAAGUCUCCAAAAGACGCCAUAAUAACAUAAUGUUAGCUGCCAUGAGAAACAACACGUUAAAUUCUGAAAGUAAAACUAGUGCGGACUAUUUGACAAAUAUUAAUGACUUGUCUACUAGUUCAGAUGAUGUGAGAAGUAAUCUAUCAGAACCUCUUUUAAGUCAGCCAAUGAGAUCUUCCGAAAGUCGUAGGUGCGCUAGUCCGAUUGGUAAUAAAGGGCCAUCUAGUGACAUGUCUCCUUACAAACCGUCAAAUAUAGUAACAGCGGAAGAACUCACUUCGCCUAAAAGAUUAUCACAGAGUAAUGAAACGUCAAUGGACACGUCGCUAUCACUAACGGAGAGCGGGAUUGCGCAGUCUAAUGUAACGGAUAUAACAACAGUGUUGUCGGAAGACGAAUAUGAAAAUUUUAAAGGUGCUAAGCAACCCGAUAUAGUGCCAAAUCAGCAUUCUGGGUCACCUCACAGAAUUUACCCGAAACCUCAGAAUUUCAUAUCGAACACGAAGGGAGUGUCGAGACGCGAUUCAGCUAACUACUCAAUGACGUCAUCACAGGAUACGUCUUCCAAUGAUUCUGACCCCGUGCGACAGCCUGCUUUGUGCAGCCAAGCUUCAAAACCAUCGGGAUCAUGACAGGAAACACGAAAAAGAAUAUAUUGUUAAUAUCCAGUGAAGAUUGAGAGAAGAAGCAAAGAUACCUACAAAUAAUUAUACCUCAAAAAUAUUACUGGUAUCGUGACAUACUAUAUAAUCCUCAUUCAAUAUCAGGGUAAAAUAUUGACUAUAGUCUUAAAUAGAGUAUCCUUUGAUAUCUUAAGAGCUUAUCAGUGUUGUAGGCGUUUUGUCCUUCCAGAUGGACGUCAAUUUCAAUUUUAUUUAUCCUCAAAAUCGUAAAAAUCUUCAGACGAGGUGUUAACGCUUGCUCACCAUUCUUCAUAAGUGACCAUUGAGUUUAAAUCUUGAUUCUUUAGCUGGAAAUUUUACUGAAAAUAAAAUAGGUAGAUUGUUAAAGUUAGUUUUAAAUUUUAUGAAUUCUAAAACUUUAAUGUAACAUGUAUAAAUGGGGAAGAGGUUAAGUUUUAAAAUCAUUGUUUAAAUUUGUAAAUUAUAUUCACUGAACUACACGCAAUUUAUGAAGUUUUUUUAAUAGCCUGUACAUACCGUACAUUGUAAGACAAACAAUUUGAAUACAUUUGAUACAAAAGUAUAUUUUCUUUAAAUGAAACAUUAUGUAUCUUAAUCUCAGUUUUCUUUUCUCUGUUUGGUUUCUAAUUUUCUCAUUUUUUUUCUAUUCUCGGUUUUAUGAUUAUUGUUAUUUAAAAAUUAAACUUUUUGAAAUAGAAAAAUCCAUGUAAAUUAAUUUCAAACUGGAUUUUUAAUUCAAUAUAUUAUGAAAUAUUGAUGCGUCUGUAAGAUGUACAAGUACAUGUAUAUGGCGUUGUCGAAUCUGUGAAGAAUUUUCAAUUAUUAUAUUUCUAAAAUAAUCAAUAAAUAGAGUAAAAAUA